AUGGGUGUGACGUGGUCGCAAUUAUUCCCUCCUCAACCUACCUUCACUGAGAAAAACCUUCCAAGUCAAAAGGGGAAGGUCUUCAUCGUUACCGGUGGCACUUCUGGAGUUGGUUUCGAGCUUGCAAACAUUCUCUUCAAGGCAGGCGGCAAAGUCUAUAUAGCUGCGCGCUCGAAGGACAAGGCAUUGAAAUGCAUUGAGAAGAUCAAGUCUACAGCGCAGGAUGAUUCUUCCGAGACCGGCCAACUGGAAUUUCUACAUCUCGAGCUAGACGAUCUCAGUACUAUCAAAGCCUCGGCCGAAGCGUUCAAAAGCAAAGAACCAAAGCUCGAUGUCCUUUGGAAUAAUGCGGGUGUAUCAUUACCCCCGCUUGGCAGCAAAUCAAAGCAAGGAUACGAGCUACAAAUGGGAAUCAAUUGCCUUGGUGCCUUUUUGUUUACUGAAUUGCUUCUACCCCCUCUGAAAGCCGCCGCGCAAAACAGCCCACCAGGUACUGUCCGGGUCAUCUGGACAAGCUCGCAGGCUAUAGACAAUCAGCCUAGACCAGAAAUAAUCAUGGCCGAGGCAGUUGCACCACCCCAAGACCAGGUUAGGAAUUACACGAUUUCCAAGAUCGGUAACUGGUUCUUGGCCAGUGAGCUCGCAAAGCAGGUUGGGUCGUCCGGAAUCAUCAGCGUCACGCAAAACCCAGGAAAUCUAAACACGGAGUUACUGAGGAACGCAAUUUGGUAUAAGUACGCUGUGUACCCGAUACUUUACAAGGCCAUAUUUGGUGCAUAUACGGAGCUCUGGGCUGGACUUUCGCCAGAUGUUACCAUGGAUAACAAUGGGUGUUAUGUGCUACCAUGGGGUCGUAUCCAUCCAUCGCCGAGUCAAGAUAUUUUACGGGCACUUAAGGGGACAGAAGAUGGGGGGACGGGGCGGGCUAAGGAGUUCCGCGAGUGGUGUGAGAAGGAGACAUCUAAGUACAUGUGA